AUGGCCGCUCCCACGAACUUUUCCUUCGAAGCCGCUACUCCCGACAAACACGCUACCUCGGCGCCCAGUCACCAUGACCUCGCCGUCACGCCCCAGAGCCUCCCUCCUCUGGCCGAUAUGGAUGCCCAUGGCAAUGCAUCCAUGUCUGCACCCGAUUCAGAGAAGCAUCCCAAGGGGAAGAGAAAGCGCACUGCUGCCAAAGACAAGAUGGUUCUCGAAGAGGCUUACAGCAGCAACCCAAAGCCCGAUAAGCAGGCGCGCCUGGAUAUUGUCCAGCGCGUGUCUUUGAAUGAGAAAGAAGUUCAGAUCUGGUUUCAGAACCGAAGGCAAAAUGAUCGAAGAAAAUCACGUCCUCUAUCACAACAAGAAUAUGCUGCCCUUCAAUUUGGAAACAUGCACGUUAUUACUUCCGACCCCAUCGCCAACACCACCACGCCUAGCAAGCCUGAAAAGGCAUUUCCAGUAACCUAUCCUAACGUAUCUCGCUUUGCGGACCAUAUCUCUGCGCCUUCUCGACGUUUCGAUCAGACUCCCUCCAUGCCACGCUCCCACUCGGACCAUGUGAACAGCACUCCAGUUUCCAUGAACCAUGACCGCAGUUAUCGCUUCUAUCCCGAUGUCACUCCUAACCGCAUCGAUCCUUCUCUCUCGCAUGAAGCUCAUGGCUAUCUGGCCAACCGUUGGAACCCUGGUGCCGGGUCCUUUUCCACGCCUCCCGCUAUGUCUCGUAGCGGUGACGAUUCUUUCCGAUAUGACCAUUUCCCUCCAUCCUCGUGCACCUCUGAACGUUCCUCUUUCACCCACAGCCAGUCCAAGGUCCGCCUAUCGAUGUCCUUGGAUGGCAAGGCAGAGCUAGUUUCCAACCAAGGCUCUCCUUCACGAGAGAUGCCUCCUCGGCCAUCUUCCACAACGCCAAGCUUGCCCCAGGUGCGGCAGCGUAACCUACAGCGUAGCCAGAGUACUAUUCCUGCGGUCACUCUCCCGCCUAUCACGGCACUUACCAACACCUUGCCUCCUAGGCUCAUGCGAGGUCGGUCUCGCGACGUGCAUGCCUGGGAAUCCUGUGCGGACGCUGAGAAUCGUGAUGAGCUGACAGCGCAGGCCGAGAACGAGUCGAACGGAUCGGCGAUUGCAGCUAUCAGCCUUCUCCGAUCUUCGAGUGGGGUUCAACCACCAAGCACUGCCAAGCGAAAUGCCUCCAUGAUGAAGCCUCAACGCCCUCAACAGGCCAAGAAGGCCAGGAUAGAUCCUAGUGGGUCAAGUAUCUCGCGGCUGGAGACGGAGCUGGACGAAACCGAAAAGGCUGACAGGGAGUAUGGUAAGGUUAAGGUUUCGAUGUUGGUAUCCCCAACAGGCGGUGAUUCGGAUAAGGAGAAUCUCACCCCGGACGAGGAUGCUAGUUCACCAGAUCCUUAUCACCGUCGACCUCUGCCGCCUCCCUCGAAGCCCAUUUCCGAGAACCCCCGUCGUGUCGGUCGAGUUCUGCAAGAGCAGAAAAGUCCAAAUUUAUUCGCAAACCGCGCAAACACAGCACCUUCGCGACCCCGCUCCAUCAUUAAGGAAGGAUUGGAGAUUUUUGAGGACAGAAUGAAAUCAGCUAUGCCCUCGCGAGAGAAUGAGGUCGAGAAGUUUAUGCGAGGCUCGGUUAGUCCCAGCAAAAAGCCCGAUAUGGAUUGCGUUGCAGGCCUUCUUUCUCUUAGCCAGGGAGCUUGGAGGUAA